GUUCCACCCUGUAACCAGACCGACUCCAAGCUGUGUGGUGCAGAGCAGACUGAAGACCAGACCCGAGGACAGCACACACACUGUGACGCAGGCUCUGGACCAGUACAGGAUUCACUCUGCUGCUCUACAGUCUGUAUUUCCUGAUGCUGUUCACAUCAACGCUGAUCAGAUCCUCACUCUGUGUUUGAGGCCAUGGAAAGCAGAUUAACUACCCACUGACAGGAGGAGCUUGGGAGACGAAAUACGAAGGGACUAAAGUUAAUCUAAACACCCUAGAGCUGACGGACACAGCAGUGGGCUCUUCAGCAUGUCAUGACACACUCUAGCGUGUUCAUAUACUAGAGUGGCAACAAAGACGUCUACGAGGACUACAUCGGGGAACAUCAUAUUGCUAUAGUCUAGCAGAUGUAUUAACACUCGCCUAACUGCUGUAAAUAUGUGCAUAUGUGGAUACAUGACCUUUAUCCUUUAUUUUUCGCCCAAUUUCCGUUUGUUUUUAUUUCUUUUAUUCUACAGAUCUUGUUGCUGAAGUUUUUAAUGACUUAAAUGCUGUUUGUCAAUUUAUAUGUGUACACUGAGAAAUGCUGCAAUUAAUGUUUUUGUUCUGCACAUUUUUUCAUUGCGUUCACACACAUCAUGUACUACUUCUGUCACUGCAGUAUUUGCCCCUCUGUGUAGUAUCUGACUAGACCUAGUUUUUAUCUACUGCCCUCAAGCAUCAGUGAACACGACCCCACUCCUAUUUCUUCCCUGUGAUCACUCCAGUAAACGUUCACGUUUAAUUUUUGAGCCAUUUUACCUGAUUCCGAUAAACAAAAAACAACAAACAUUCCGCCAACAUACUUUAAAUCUACUGCGCAUGCCCAACAAGCCCGCUGUGUGGGAGGCGGGGGUAUAUGUGACGUAGACGGAAGUGAUUCCACGCGUGGCGUCCGUGUGCUCCGUGAGUAGACGGUGGGUCGAUGAUGUCAUCAGCAGAUGACCAGCUGUGUCUGAACAUCUGCAGCAGUUGGUCACCGUCUGCUUCACCCAGGAGAAAACGUCCAACUGCUCAGCAGAGAUGGGCCAGAAAGAAGAACACAGAGAAAAGGAAGUCCAGCUUCUCGGGGGGUGAUGUCAGGUGUUCUGCUAAGCACACAGGCCUGCAGCACAGGACCACACCUGAAGAGGAAGCUGGUUCAAACUGAAGCAGAGUCCCAGUUUGUUUUUCAGUCUCCAACUGCUGGGGAGAUAAGCCACAAACCAGAGAAGAAAAAGGAAGCAGGAAGGAGCAGCAUUAAGACGUCCUCUCUGUUCAAACACAACCCUGAUAUACCAGAGAUCCACAGACCUGUUGUUGUCCAGGUAAAAGAGAAGAUUUUCACCAAUGAUUUGUUCUCAGAGCUGCAGCUGCACCCUCACCUGGUGGCAACCCUCAACAAGGUUCUAAAUGUUUCUACACUGACCAGUGUCCAGAAACAAACCAUCCCAGCUCUUCUGUCGGGACGAGACGCUGUCAUCCAGUCUCAGACCGGAUCAGGUAAGACACUGUCCUACGCCGUCCCGCUCGUCCAGAGCCUGCAGUCGCUCCAGCCAAAGGUCUGCAGGUCAGAUGGGCCUCUGGCCGUCAUCCUCAUUCCCACCAGAGAGCUUGCCCUGCAGACCUUCCAGACCUUCCAGAAGCUUUUGCGGCCUUUUACCUGGAUCGUGCCAGGUGUCCUAAUGGGAGGAGAGAAGAGAAAGGCGGAGAAGGCCAGGCUCCGGAAAGGAAUCAACAUCCUGGUUUCGACUCCUGGACGUAUGGUGGAUCAUAUAAAGCACACCCUGAGCAUUGCCUUCAGCGCCGUCCGCUGGCUGAUCCUGGACGAGGCUGACCGGACUUUGGACCUGGGUUUUCACAAGGACCUGACCGUCAUCUUAAACAGUCUGAACUCUGCAGGGCUGAGCCGACAGAAUGUUCUGCUGUCUGCCACACUCACACAGGGUGUGACCCGCCUGGCAGAAGUGUGUUUAAAUGACCCCGUAAGUGUCAGCGUGUCUGGCUCCUCUGACUCCACAGUUGUGACCUCUGACCCCUGCUUUGCGGUACCAGAAUCUUUGAAGCAGUUUGUGGUGGUGGUUCCUAGCAAGAUCCGACUAGUAUGUCUCGCUGCUUUCAUACUGGACAAAUGCAAGUUUUCUCAGAACAACAAACUCAUCGUCUUCGUGUCGAGCUGCGAGGCCGUUGAGUUUCUCCACACGCUGUUUGUCUCGGUCCUCUCCGCCAAUUGCGAGCCUGUGCUCCACUUCCUGCGUCUCCAUGGAAACAUGAAACAGGAGGAGCGAAUCGAUGUCUUCCACCAGUUCUCGGUGUCUGCGUGUGGAGUCCUGCUGUGUACAGAUGUAGCAGCCAGAGGGCUGGACCUGCCCCAAGUCACCUGGAUCAUUCAGUUCACUCCUCCAAUGACGGCCGCGGAGUACGUUCAUCGUGUCGGCCGCACCGCUCGCAUCGGGGCAGGAGGAAGCAGCCUCCUCUUCCUCAGCCCCGCUGAGGCUGCCUUCACCACAGAGCUGGCCAAUCACAAUUUCAGCCUGAGCGAGAUGAAGCUGCUGGACAUCCUGUCCAGCCUGAUGAUGGACGAUGCCUACAAGGGGCGGGGAAAGUACCACAGCAAGAGUUCGGCCCGAGCUCUGGAGCAGGAGAUCAGAGAGCGGGCGACUGUUCUUCAGACGGACUUUGAGAACUUUGUUCAUUCAGAUCCUGCAACGGUGCAGAACGCCAAGAAAGCACUGCAGUCCUUCCUGCGGGCUUACACCACCUACCCCUCUCACCUCAAACACAUCUUCCACAUUCGCUCACUCCACCUGGGUCACACGGCCAAGAGCUUUGGCCUCAGAGACGCUCCGCAAUGUCUGAGCUCGGCCACCGGAGCCCGCAGCAAGAAGCAGGACCACAAGACCUGGACCAGGAGUCCAGUGAAGGGGCAGAAGAAGGAGCCGGGCAGCGGUCACACGGCAGGACAGAAGAGAGCUCCCUUGGGUCGGAGGGAGCUCGGACUGUUCCAUUCGGAGUUCUCCAACGGGUUGGACGGUGCUGGCGCCAAGAGGAGGAAGAUGGAGGCAGAAGAGGAGGAGGCCUAAUCCUGAUUCCCUUUGUAAUGACUGACCCUGUUGAUAGCUGAAUUAAACCUGUUUCCAUCUUGUG